GAUAAAAUAUGGCUAUGUCAUGGACACCAGAAUGGAUCUCAGUUGUCAAAAGUUACCUGUAAUGAGAGUGUAAUGUACCGCCUGAACAUUGAGUUUGAUACCCGUGUGAUGUGUAUGUACGCUCUAGAUGACGAUACUAUGUUGCUGGGGUCACUCUCCCACUUUGUUUACACUUACAACACCAAAUCUCGUAAGCUGAUUUGGGAAAUCCGUUUAAACGACUCGGUGUUAAGCCUGUGCUCCCACGACGAGGACGGCAUAAAGAAAGUAUACGCUGGGUUAGCUGAUGGAACUCUAGCGGUAAUUGAGAAUAUUCAGGGAAUAUCCCCGCAGCCAGAAAGUUUCUACAUCAUGAUUGGACCGAGUCCCGUGACGUGUCUUCAGCGCGUGGCAACACGACUGUGGUGCGCGAGCGGAAACAGAGUGAUAAUUCUGAAUGUGAGGACGUUAGACGUCGUGGAUCAGUUUCAUAUAUCAACCAGCGUGUUGGACUAUAUUUCUAUGCUGGUGCUGGGGGAACAUGGUGUGUGGGUAGCGAUCAGAGGAUCCCCACUCCUCCAACUGUGGGACUUGAACUCCUUAACGUGCAGACUUCUUUACGACGUCAGAGAGAACAGAUACCCUAAGACCCUCAGAAAAGAAGAAGAAAAUGGCGUUAAGUCUUCUCGAGUUACUUCUCUCCUUCCGUUUGAUGGAAGUUUACUCGUUGGAACAGGAGAGGGCGCUCUGAUCAUCUUUGAUGUCGUUACACGACUCUCUUGCAACGCUAGUGCUACGAACUCGCCCUUUCCUCGUUUACAUUCUCCCAACAUCGCCACUGCUGACCAGAUUCAGGAGAAAAUACAGGAACUGUUGACAGAACAACAGAGAGUGGAACAAAAAACAGAAGUGAGAUUUAGCGACGAAAAGCAAGAGAGGUACAGAAAGGACAGUGGCUGCUAUACGUCAACCACACCGACCUCUGUCGUUUCUUUGAGUCGACGUCAAAGUUUGUUUCCUACAUGUGACAACGAUCAAUCGUUUCUGUCCAACAAUAUCGGUUCUCCUUGUAAGACCAGUAGCUCUAGUGGUCAGUUGAGUACCGAUACUGUAGUAUCCGUCUACCACUUGGAGGAGACGAACACUAAACCUGAAAUACAGAGGACUGGCGAAGACACCAACACACAAAACGACGAUAUUACAGAUAAUGCUGGUGUUUCCUAUGGUAAAGUUAACCAACGUAACUCCAUUGCAGACAUAAGUAGUAGUCUUAACUCGAAUGGUCAAAUCAUAAUGAGUGAUAACUACGGACUUGAUGCUGAAGACGGUGACAACACUUGGUCAUCUGGGGGGAAAGUUUCAAAUUAUCCGUAUGGGGGCACAACAGACCAAACUCAAUCAGACUGUCAGUGUCUGUCUUCCCGUGUUACUGAAGAAGUCGGUCAGCCAAGGACAGGCGAACGCGGUUUGACCAAAGAAAUUGUUGCGAUGUGUAAAUGUCAUGAGGAGGAAAACAUGGCAGCAGAUCUGACCGAAAAGUUAAAUGUUUCAAAAAGUUCCUUUUCAGAUUUCGAAAAUCAUUCAAGUUUUAAUAAAGAAACAUAUUCCAACUCGCACGAGACAACUAACAAGCCAGAAGCUUUGCGGACGACGUACUCGUGCGAACAAAACUCGGACCUAAUUGGAAGCCAAUCAGCUGAUAUGAGUUCGGUCUCUCCAAAAAGUGGUACGUCUGGUAGGAACGUGAAGCUGGAUUGGAGAAAAGAAAAUGAAACGACAUCACUUGAAAGAAGACCACGUGAUCUAAGAAGAUGGUCAGUGGAUCAAAACGUUAUCUUACUUAAUCAAAGCCAGUUUUUUCCAAGUGUUGUGUACAGGCCUACGGCUUUCUCAGAUACAGAUCACACGUUUGGAUCUUCGGAAAGUGUAUCAAAGUAUCGUCAGUCUUCUCAUUCGGACAAGAGCUUUGUAUUUCUAAGUGUUAAGCCUUCAAUACAAAAAACAUUCCUCUCCAACAGUAGUAACAAAUUUCUACAGCGUAGCCAUUCGUUAGGAGACUUGUGCUGCUUGAAAAAUACCCGAUUGUUAAAAAGAACAAUGUUUACAACAACCAGUACCGAAGGUUUAUACAGAUAUAAGAAUGCAGACACUUUGAGCGUUUCAGCUAAAAGCGAUAGCUUUGAUUUUGAUGAUGUAUUUAUAACGUACACAGAGGACGAGUCCCAUAAACUGUCACAUAUUACAAGAAACAGGCCGGAAAUAAAAGGACUUGCAACUCCCACGUGUUUCGAAAGUAGAAGAGAUCCACAUAAACGUAAGCCAACCAUUAAUAACUACCUUAUAAAUAGUUUACAGUCUACAGAAAUGGCAAGAUGUGUUCCCUUAGGCUUAAAGAGUUCGGUAGUUCUGAAGCCCAAGCUUCCAGAUAUUCGUGACCAAUUACCAUCUUGGUAUAAAGAUGGUCUGAUCACAGAGAGUGAUCACUCCUGUUCGCUUCCCGUGGUGAGAAUUGACUCGGAAACUUAUCUGCACAAGAACGACUCGUGUUCAAGCUUUUACAUGUACAUGGCCCAGGCGAGCACUACGUCGAACCCCGCAAGUGCCGAAGAAUUCUCCACACCUGUUACGGAGAAUGACGAACUGCUUCACCAGAACCUACUCCGACCAGGAGACUUUAGUAGCAGCAGCACGCAGAAGUAUAGUGAUACGGCCAGUAACGUUUCCUUCGGUAGCAGCGACUUUCCCUAUGCUUAUGAACUCAUCCUGCAAGAACGAAUAAAGAUUUCAGACAAGCCAAUACGAUGUUUGCAAGUGACGAAAUGUGAAGAAGGACCUGCGAUAAUAAGUUGUGCUGGUUGCUAUGGUGACGACGAAGCCGUUCUCAAGUGGACCAAAGAAGGAAUGGAAAAGCUGUGGACCAACGAUCCCGUCAUUGAAGUAUGUCCUUAUACAAAUACCAUCAAGCCCUCACCUUAUACAAGAUCGCGCAUGCCUAGACGUUCGUCUAUUAACAUGGGUAAUGUCGUGAGCAUCAGUGGCGCUGGCGAAUCGGAGGCUGCACCUGCACGCACUGCGUGGCCUUCUGUGAUGUCAUCAGCAUCCAACGCGACAAGUGUCAUGGGUAGUAGUCUUGCCAAAGUACACAAUAUGUUUUCUCGAGCCCAGGAAAAGAAUUGAAUAAUUCAUGUAACACAAUAUAUGAUGGUCUAUCUCAAAAAACUUUUUUUUUGUAAUAACCAAAUAAAGUAUUUCAAAUACCACCUCAGCAUUUAAAAGCAUAACUUCUGUGCCAAUAUUAAUAUGACUGUAGCCUCUAAGCUAGUCAAACCACUACAGUUACAUGUUCAAUGUAUGUCUUGUACAGAAUGAAAUAAGAGUCAAUCGUAAGCCUUCCUCCAACCCGUGUUUAAAUACACAAUAUUGUAAGUGUCUGAAUAGGAAAGAAAGUGUUGGGGACGCUAUGUCGGCUUUACUGAAUGUUAUUGUGACGUAAGAAACAAGUAAGAUACUGCCUUUUUUUUAUAUAGACCCGGAACAAUAAAAAUAUUGCAAUGCUAUUUACUGAAUUUUAAAAUAUAUUGAAAUAUUUAUAUUGAACAUAUUUCUUUUAAAGAAACAAACAUAAAACAUGGGGUAUGUUAAAUACAAAGUCAACUUGUUUGUGCACUUUCGAAUGUGACUGACAUCUCGGAUAUCCGAGCGACUCCUAAUAAAUAAACAGCAUUUCAAAGAAUUUGUUUUAAGAUUAAAAAAAUAAGAACAACAUGGAAUUAAGUAGAUUUAAGUCGGCGGGAUUAGUGAUAAGACUUACUGGAAAAUUUACAAUUGAGGUGAUGUAAAGUUGUUAAGUUUUAUUAUACUUUCUAAGAAAGGUUAGCUAUAAACUUUUGAACAAAUAAUCAAAUUGAUUCGAAACUUCAUUUUAAAGUACUUAAAUCGCAUGUCACAAUACUUUAAAUGUCUAAUUAGUUACAACAAUCUUAAUUUAAUAAUAUGAAAUUACUAAUAUAUAGUAAGUGGAUUUAUUCUAGUUUAACAUUUGAUUAGUUUGCCAGAACUUUCUUAACCGAUCUAUGAAGAAGUUGACUGUUUUUUUUACUUGGCUGCAGUAACAAGUAAUUGCAGAUUCAGAGAUCAAACCAAGAAACAUUUUGUUGACAUAAUUAGUUUAUAUUAUGUUAAAAUAUAUAGGCUUAGCUGAUUUCUUGGGGGAAGAGAAAAAGGAUGGAUCUUUUUAAAUUUUACAUUAUAGGGGUUGUAAAUGUAGAAGUCAUGGAGUCGAAGAGUUUGUUGAUAAUUAUAUUGUCAAUAAACUUUUGUUUGUGGUUAAGCAGAAUCCUACAUGAUAGGCUACCAAUGAUCUGCCCACUGCGAGUUUCGAAGCCUGAUUUUUUUAUAGCCUUAUAGGUCCUCGAGGCUUAUCGCUUAGCCACUGGUGGACGAGAAAGAAGUUAGUAAGCUAACAAAGUUUUUCUUUAGAAUAAAUACAUUUGUGGUCGAUACAGACGUCGAUUAAGGCUGUUUGAUAUUGAUAGGUGUUUUGGUUUAAAUAAACCAGAGGUGUUCAGGGAUCAAAUGAUCCAUCUCGCUAUAUAGGAUUUCAGGAAUUACUACGUAAAAUCAAAACCCCUGGAGACAUAAAAGCCUAAACAACCUCCAGUUUCGGAGACGUAAAAUGUAUAGGUCUUCAUCGUUUGCGUCGUUUAAAGCAGAGGUUCCCAAGCUUAUUUUUUUAUUUUGAAACCUUUUAAGGCCUUAGGCACUCUGACUGAGGCUUCCAUCUAAUAACCAAUCCGAGGUCUCUUCUUCCACUGUAGUUCAUUCUUUAAAGAUAAAAAACAUCUCAAGUAUAAACAAGGCUGUGUAGUCAUAUUUAUUUCGAUAAAUAAAAUUAUCAUUGAAAAUAUUUUCUUGUCCGGUGUGAGAGAAGACGUUUUUAAACCUGGAACUCUUCUGACAACUUGGGUACAACAGACCCAGUACGUAAUUAAUACAAUAUAGUAAAAAAAAAGUACAAUUAAAGAUAAACGUACGUUAUUUUUAGUUGUGUUUGUUUGACUAUUCUGUGGAAUGUAAUUGGACCCACAAUCGAUAUAUAUAUCUAGGAUAAAAUAGAAUUUCUACUUAUGCACCUUCCUCUAAGACCAUCUCGUGAACCCUAGUUUGGAAACCGCUCGUUUAAGAGCGUUAUAAAUGUCAUGUCACUAGAGAAAAAAAAUUAUUGUUCCUAUUAUUUUGGGCUUAUCUUUCAGGGGAAAAUAUAUGAUGUUAAGAAGAUAAACUGUGAAUAAUAAGAUCCUCGCUGUUUUGGAUAUUAUGAAUUUCGGGAUUAAAAGUGAGUGUGUAGUCUGGCAAGAAAUCCUCUAAUCAGUAGCAACACUAGCCAGCCAAACCUUUUAGGUAAGCGAACACUUGAACAGGUAAUGAAUAUUACCAUUGUUUCUUCAAAAUGCUUAAGGCAAUCGAAAAAUGCUAACCUUAAACAUUUGACAAGUCACUAUAACUAGAAACACAUCAGCUGUCUUAAGCCUCUCUUCAUCAUUAGAACAAAAAAAAAAACGCUCGUUUAAAGUGUAUAGUGUGUGUGUGGGGAGAGGUUAGUAGAUCGCUUAAGUAUACUAGGGUAUUCUGAAAGGGGGAAAUAAAAGUAGGAUAAUCGCUGUAACGAAUGUUAGACAACACAUUUCAGAUCUAUGGAAUUAUACCGUAAACCUUUUUUUAACCUUUCUUUCAGUCAAUUUUAGUACAAAAUCGUAGAAUCUUUUUCUUUUUUUUUGCUUAAGGGGAAGUUUCGAUUAUAAAUGUUGUUAUGAUUGUAUAUCUGUAUAUACUUAUUGCUAAUUAGAGAAUUAGCUUUAGCUUUAAUUUAAAAAAAAAUCAUAAAUACAUCGUUUACGCAUAUUAGUAUAAACUGCAUAUCAACAAGUAAAUUUUUUACUUCUUUCGUUAAACUGCAAAACUGCGCAAUAGGCUGUCUGCACUCUAUUCACCAUGGAAAAUCGAACCCCUGAUUCUAGCGUUGUAAACUUACCGCUGAUCCACUAGGGGGACAAAAAGCAAAACAUUUCAGACCAAGUUGCACGUUAGCUAAGCCUCAUGUUAGGGUUAACGAGAGAGUCAAUUUGAAAAAAAAAUGUAUCGGUAUAACAUUGUGCAAAGUCUUUAAUAAAUGUAUUUUUCGUUUGUUUAUUCAAUUACAGUUAAUUAUGUUAAACUCACGUAAAAGUCGAGUUUAUCGAUAUUGUGAAUUACACAUUUCUUUAUAGAGUCUAUAAUCAAAACUUGAUAGUUAAAACAACUCUAAAAUUUAUAAAAAAAAAAACGUAUGAACUUCCAUUCUAUGAUUUGUUAUUUCAAGCAAUAGAAGUAAACCACGUUGAUGUCCUACUUCUUAUGAUACUGCUCCUAUAAGGAUACAACCAACCACUUCAAUUUUAUAGUUUUUAACUUGUGAUGUAGCCUUAUUUUUCUAUCUUAUUUGAGGGCCGCCAAUUUUUUUGACCAUGUUUUAAAUCACACAGACACACAAAUAUAUAUAUAGUAUGUAAGUGAUUUAUUGUUAUAAACGUGUUGUGUGAUUGGUAGUGACAGUAAUUUGUAUGGUUUCACCUUGUAAAUA